AUGAUUCCAACUACUAGCAGCAUUCAUAUUAUACUAAGUGGAUCCAAAAUAAUUCCGUGGGGUGAUGUCCAUGUUGGUACAGCCUUCAUGCGAGGCAAUAGUUCUUUCCACCAAAAUAUUUAUUUAGAGGAUUCAGUUUUAACACUUAAAGCGACUAGGAAUUUUAGUGAGGCAUAUAAUCGAACAUUUAAUUAUUUCUCAGGUGCUGUCCAUGCCAAGCAACUUCUUGAAGUGACUGAGCAGUACCCAUCCUAUACUAUGUGUGGUGACUUUUUAGCUCCAAUGAUUCCAGGAGCUUGGCCAGCAUUCUGGAUAACUGCUACAAGCUGGCCUCCUGAAGUUGAUAUCCUUGAAUUUAAAGGUGACAACAAUGAUAAUUUUAAUAUUUACAUCGAUAAAAAUACUCCUACUUAUUGGGACCAAAUUCGUAUACACUCUUCUGAUGAUUGGAAUACUUAUUGUCUUUAUAUGAAGAGAGUAAAUAAUACGGAUGUUAAUAAUACGGAUGUCGACAUAACAUUUUCUCUUAAUAAUAAUAUUAGUAUAACGCAUACAGCAACUGAUUAUGUCGGAAAACAAUUUUGGGUAAUUAUUAAUUUAGAGAUGGAGGGAAGCUCAGGACCUAGUGGACCACUUAAUGAUACAUAUUAUUAUGCUCGUAAUGUUUAUGUUACAA